AAAACCACCGUGGCCGGUAAAACCGUCCACCUCCCGUCUCUCCAGCCUCGACCCGUCCAGCGCUCCGUCGGCCGGUCCUUUAUCUCCGCCAUGUCCGUCAAGGUGACCCAGAAGACCACCGUCCAGAGGACCUCCUCCGGCCCGCUCAACUUCAGCAGCCGUUCCUACGGCGGGGGUGCGGUCUAUGGGGGCGGCCAGCGCUACCUGGGCCGCCCGGCCGGGCUGGGGGGCUACGGGGCGGUGGGCUUCGAGGCGGUGAGCAUCAACCAGAGCCUGCUGGCCCCCCUCAACCUGCAGAUCGACCCCACCUUCCAGCGGGUGCGGAAGGAGGAGCGAGAACAGAUCAAGAACCUCAACGACAAGUUCGCCUCCUUCAUCGACAAGGUGCGGUUCCUGGAGCAGAAGAACAAGAUGCUGGAGACCAAGUGGAGCCUGCUUCAGGGACAGAAGUCGUCCCGGAGCAACAUGGCGGCCAUGUUCGAGUCGUACAUCAGCUCCCUGCGCAGGCAGCUGGAAUCCUUGGACCAGGACAAGCUGAGGCUGGAGGGAGAGCUGGAAAACAUGCAGGCCUUGGUGGAGGACCUCAGGAUGAAGUACGAGGAUGAAAUCAACAAGAGGACCGAGAAGGAGAAUGAGUUUGUGCUUCUCAAAAAGGAUGUGGACGCGGCGUACAUGAACAAGGUGGAGCUGGAGUCGCGACUGGAGGGUCUGACGGACGAGAUCAACUUCCUGAGGCAGCUGUAUGAGGAGGAGCUGCGCGAGCUGCAGGCCCAGAUCUCGGAAACGUCGGUGGUGCUGUCCAUGGACAACAACCGCCACCUGGACCUGGACGGCAUCAUCGCCGAGGUCAAGGCCCAGUACGAGGAGAUCGCCCAGCGCAGCAAGGCCGAGGCCGAGAGCAUGUACCAGAUCAAGUACGAGGAGCUGCAGGUGCGGGCGGGCCGGCAUGGCGACGACCUGAAUCGCACCAAGUCGGAGAUCUCCGAGAUUCACCGCUCCAUCAGCCGCCUGCAGGGCGAGAUCGAUGCCAUCAAGGCUCAGAACCAAGGCCUGAAAGCCGCCAUCGCCGACGCGGAGCAGCGCGGUGAGCUGGCCCUCAAGGACGCCCAGGCCAAGCUGGAGAAGCUGGAGACCGCCCUGCACGAGGCCAAGCAGGAACGGGCCCGCCAGCUCCGCGAGUACCAGGAGCUGCUGAGCAUCAAGCUGGCCCUGGACGUCGAGAUUGCCACCUACCGCAAGCUGCUGGAGGGCGAGGAGAACAGGCUGGAGGCCGGGAUGCAGAAGAUGAACAUUCACGCCAAGGCUGUCGUCGGCUACAGAGGUGGACUGAACGCGGCCUAUAAGAUCAUGAACCCGGGGGUGGGUUUCAACGGCAGAGACUUCUUGCAGCCCAUCAUCCCCCCCGCCCCCCAUAACGCCAAGGCGGUGAUCAUGGUGAAGAAGAUCGAGAGCCGCGACGGGAAGAUUGUGUCCGAGUCCUCCGAUGUCCUCUAAGUGAACAGGGGCACGCGCCCCGCCCCCCACCCCAGAGCCAAGACAUCCCCGGGGGUGCCUGGGCACCACUGACAAGGUUGGGGGGAUUCACAGCCCCCGCCUCCAAAUUACCCGCAUUUUGGGGGGUCCGAGGUUAAACCCUCCCACCCCCUCAGAAAAGAAGGAAGAUAAGAGUCCUAGCUGGUGCUGUUCCCCCCUCCACGCCAUGCAUCAGACUAUAAAAGCCCCAUGAGGGCAGCGGGCAAAAGUUUCGCUUCCAUUGGACGCUCAAGUGCUCGGUACGUUAGAUGCUCAAUAUAGUUUGCUGAUUGAUGGAU